GAAGGGCCAAAAUGAAAAUGAAAAAACCUUUCCAAUGGAUGAUUUUUGCACUAUGCGUUUUGCCAGUUCGUCUCUCCACUCCGACGAGGUGGCAUCUACAUAAAUAAAGAACUAUUCUUUUGUUGAGGCCCAAUCCAGUUCCAUCUGGGUGACCUUGUAGCGUGUGUAGUGACAGGCAGUUGAACUAGUCUCCUUUGCCACUUUGCAUACCACCCAUUUGCCCAGGCGGGUGACGAUCUAAGCUGCCAUAACUCUUCUUGGGCUACUUUCCUAAAGGAGUUUUCGUCCUUGAUCCUCGUCGCAAGCCGAUGCUUGACGUCACUACCGUUUAAGCUUUUCCUCAUUUACCUUGUCUCCUCAUACGAAUUUUUUUAAUUCAUCAUCCAAUAUUGUAUCCCAUGCCCCUCUCACCCGCACGCCCAACCAUGCCUCAUUCCGACGGCGGUCAACCCAUCGACCAUGGAUCAUCAGAGCUUUCCGAUCGUGCCGCGGGCGUUUUAAACGACUCCCAGUCGACCCCCCUGGACAGACCCAAUUCCUUGUCUGCAGUACCAGAUCUGGCUGUCCCACAUACAGACAGUGCGCUAAUGGCAGCAGAAAUGUCAGCAGAACAUUCCGGUAAUACCCAUAUUGAUGAGCGAGAUCAGAUCCAUGCAAACAUCCCAAUGGUGCCGGUUACCUCCAGUAUGACAUCUGCUCAGGAAGUAACCAUUACAGUGGAUCCUGUAGCGGUCACCGGCGACAUCCAGGAGCAGAUUGCUGCUCAACAAUCACGCCUAAAACGUACCGAGUCAACCGAACAGAAAAACCCAAAUCCUUCGCCAUCGAAAAAGCGCUUUCGGUUUAAUUUUGAUUACUUUCGACUCUUCCGAUACUCCACUCCUUUCGAUACCUUCCUCAUCACUGCGGGCAUCUUUUGCGCCAUGGGCGCUGGUGUCCCUCUCCCACUGAUUGGUAUCUUGUUUGGUGACUUGAUCAACGACUUUUCGCAAAAACUUGGAUCCCCCGAAACUCUGUCACCAAGCGAACUUGACGACUUUAAGGAAUCUGUUAAUACAAAAGUCAUGUAUCUCGUUUUUGUUGCCAUUGGAUAUUUUGUCCUGACAUACGCCUAUUGCGUGUGUUGGAGUUUGAUCGGAGAGCGCGUCGCUAGGAGACUGAGGGAAGAAUAUGUAGGCGCUACUUUGAGAAUGGAGGUUGGCUGGUUUUCAGAUGUUGGCGCCGGGGAGAUAUCCAAUCGGAUCACCAGUGACAUCCAAACUAUACAUUUGGGCACUUCAGAAAAGGUCGGCCUCUGUAUCCAAUCUUUGUCCUACUUUGUAGUUGCCCUAUGUGUCUCCUUCUCUAAGAAUGCCACCCUCGCUGGAAUCAUGCUCUGCAUUGUACCUGCAUUCGUCAUCGUCAUUAUGGGGGGCUCCAAGAUAACCGCAAAGUAUACGACAAGAGUGAGCGAUGCAUAUUCCAAAGCAUCUAUGCUGGCCGAUGAAGCUUUCGGAAAUGUUCGUGUCGUGCAGGCAUUCAAUAGUCAGGAACGCUUAGCGAAAGUAUACGAGUCGUGGUUGACACUUGCGGAGAAAGAGGGAGUGCGGAAAAGCGUGUCGGGAGCUUUAAUGAUGGGCGCAAUUUUCUUCUUGGCCUACUCGUCCAACGCCCUUGCCUAUUGGAAAGGUUCUCGGCUUCUUGUUGACAAUUCCAUGAGUGGCGCUGGUGACAUCUUUACAGUCAUUUUUAUGAUGCUCGACAGCUCCUUCAUCAUUGGCCACUUUUCACCCUUCCUCCAGACGUUCUCGUUUGCUGCGGGCUCGGGCCGCAAGUUAUUAGACACAAUCGAUCGAACCUCUCCUAUUGACCCCACCUCUGACGCAGGUUUUCAGCCUGAAAAAUGCGAAGGACAUCUCGAGUUGCGCGGUGUCCGGUUUGCGUAUCCAACAAGACCCGAAGUUCAAGUUUUGAAAGGAGUGGAUAUUGUUCUAGAAAAAGGGAAGACCACAGCAAUUGUUGGAUUAUCUGGCAGUGGUAAAUCCACGAUUGUGGGACUCCUAGAGCGCUUUUACGAUCCAACGUCCGGUCAAAUUCUUCUUGACAAUGUCCCCAUCAGCUCCCUCAACGUGCGCUGGUUGCGGCGCCAAAUGGCUCUUGUUAUGCAAGAACCAGUCCUAUUCAAUGGAACAAUUAUGGACAACAUUGCCCUUGGAGCUGCCAACUGUACAGCAGCAUUAAGCGCUCGCGAAAAAGAAGAUAUCUGCAUUGAUGCAGCGCGCAAAGCUAAUGCCCAUGGGUUUAUCAGCAAGCUACCUAAAGGAUAUUUCACUCCAGUCGGCGAGCAUGGUGUGGGGCUAAGUGGAGGACAGAAACAGCGUAUUGCUAUUGCAAGGGCUAUCGUAUCAGAUCCAAAGAUUCUGAUACUGGAUGAGGCCACAUCUGCCCUAGAUGUUCAAAGCGAGCGCCUUGUGCAGGCUGCGUUAGAGCGUGCCAGUAAAGAUCGGACAACUGUUGUCAUAGCCCAUCGGUUGAGUACCAUUAGGAAUGCGCACAAGAUUGUAGUAAUGUCACAAGGCAAGGUGAUUGAACAAGGUACGCACGAGGAGCUCCUCGCCCGCAAGUCGGCCUACUACCGCGCCGUGAAUAUGCAAAAUGUGCCAUCGACUGUGGAGACAGUUUCUUCCACUGAUACCGCCCAUCCUGCGAGAGAUAUGAUGAUCCGCCAAAAGUCAUCUCUAUCUAUCAGAACAGCACACUCCAACCUGGAACGCCAGUCAUCGAGUAUUCAUCUGGAUUCUACCAGAACGGCUGCGCCCAGUCUCAGCCGCAGAAUCUCCCAUUGGUCUCUGGAUAGCGGCAGAUUUAGCGUCUAUCUUGAUCAAGUCGCACAGGACAGUGCUAACGCAGACAAUGUGGACGUGGAAGCAAUGGAAAAGGCACAAGCAGAGCGUAAUUCCGAGGAGACAGCAAAAUCUCAGAUAAAUAUUACCACAUGGGAGCUCCUAAAGCGGAUUUCAGGCAUGAUGGGAGGAAGGGAAUGGUUUUGUGUCGUUGUUGGAUUGGCGACAUCCGCAAUGAUCGGUUCGGCCUACUCUAUCGAAGCAGUUUUGUUUGCAAAUCUAGUUACGACCCUCUCUCCCAACGACCCAAGUCAAACACAGCAGAUCUUGGAUACUGCAAACCGUUUUUGUUUAUACUUUCUAUGUGUUGCGUUUGCUCUAUGUUUCGCUUAUUCUACGAACGGGACAGUUUUCGGAUGGGUUUCAGGGCGGUUACUAUGGCGUGUAAGAAGCUUGUCCUUCAGGUCCGUAAUAAACCAGGACAUAUCAUAUUUUGACAAACCAGACCAUACAACUGCUUCCCUAGUAUCAACGCUAAACGUGGACGCAAACCACCUGAGCGGAUUAACGGGCGUCGUCAUCGGCACAGUGUUCUCCAUUAUGGUCAACCUUGUGGCAGCUAUCACACUGGCUCAUAUCACGGCUUGGAAGAUUGCGAUUGUGGUUGUUACAGCGGUACCCAUCAUGCUUGUUGCUGGCUUUUUGAGAGUUAGGAUCAUUGCACGAUUUCAGAAACGCCAUGAAACGGCUUACAUAGCUUCCGCAGCGCUUGCAACCGAAGCAGUGGGCAACAUUAGAACGGUCGCGGCACUUUCGUGCGAACAGAAUGUCAAAGAUCGCUAUCACGAAAGCCUGGAGGCUCCAUACCAGGAUAGCAUUCGUUCCAUUUCAACAGGGAAUCUGUGGCUAGCGCUCGCGUACAGUAUUACGUACCUUCUGUACGCCUUGGCUUACUGGUGGGGCUCCCAACUUCUCAGUAAAGGCGACUACACAGUCAAUGAAUUCUUUAUCGUCCUCCCUGCGCUUCUCUUCUCUGCCCAGGCGGCCGGCCAAAUGUUCUCUCUAGCGCCAGAUGUUACCAAGGCAAGACUGGCAGCUGGGAAUAUAUUUCGAGUUAUUGAUGAACGAGGAGCUAUUGGACACGGCGGAGAGAGUGAGACGAUGGAAACGAAACGGGGCGUUGGAAUCGAGUUUCGGGACGUUGUGUUUCGGUAUCCGUCCAGACCUGAAGUACCCGUUUUGAAUGGGUUGAACCUCAAGAUCGAACCCGGUCAAUUCACUGCCCUCGUCGGUCCCAGUGGAUGUGGAAAGUCUACCACAAUUGCUCUACUUGAGCGAUUCUAUGACCCCCUCUCAGGACAAGUCCUUGUCAACUCCACUGCCCUCUGUAACCUCCACCUUCCUACCCACCGCUCUCGUAUGGCCCUAGUUAGCCAAGAACCUACCCUCUACGAAGGCACAAUCAGAUUCAACAUUCUCAUAGGUGCCCAAGAUCCAGAUGCAGUUGAGGAAAAAACAUUUUUGAACGUUUGCGAAAUGGCCAAUGUGCACGAAUUUGUAAAGGUGUUACCGGAGGGGUAUGAAACGGUUGUGGGCAAGACUGGGCUGAGUGGGGGGCAAAAGCAGAGGAUUGCAAUUGCCAGGGCUUUGAUUCGAGAUCCAGAGAUUCUUCUUCUCGAUGAAGCAACCUCAGCACUAGAUUCUGAAAGCGAAGAACUAGUCCAAAGCGCUCUCAACAAGGCAUCCAUAAAUCGGACCACCAUAUCGAUAUCGCAUCGCUUAUCAACCAUCCGGCAUGCACAUAAAAUCGUGGUCAUCGAUCAAGGUAUCGUUGCGGAGGAAGGUACACAUGAGGAAUUGAUGGCGCUACGGGGAAGGUAUUUUGAGAUGGUGCGGGUUCAACGGCUGGAUGGUGAAGUAGGCGAUCUAGGAGUGAGCGGAGGGGAUUGUCUGAUAUAAUUUAACCUUCAUUGUAUUUUCAAGUUUUGAGACUUCUUCAUAUGAUUGAUUUUCAUAGAUAUACAGCUUCUACAUACAUAUACAUUGAAUUAACACUACCAGAAUACCAAGA